CUGUUCAAAGCCGAGCUAAUCCAUGAAUACAGCAUAUUUGUAUAUUUUAGAAUCAGUUUAAUUUCUUCAGAUGGUGAUUGCGUGUCUUAGGAAGCUGAUCUUUGGUCCAGAUGCCAAGGGGACAAGGGAACAAGGAAACAAGGAAAACAAGAAAGCAAAGAGGAGAGGAGACUGACAUUCCUCUGUAGCCCCUGUGGAGCUGCUAUAGGGACGAGCCUACCAGGCGUGAAUACCACUUUUAAUCGUAGAGAAAGACACAGCGGCGAGGAGCACGCAGAAAUGGCUCCACUGAGAUGUUUCCCCUGGCUUUUGAUAAUCCUCUAUGCAGCCGCUGUUUACUCAGGUGUGGGGGGUGCAGAGGUUGAUGGGUCGCCGUCGCCGGAAAUGUGUCGUCAUCCCUGUGAUGAAUUGAUUGGCUUGAUCACUGAGAUCGAAGGCCUUCGUAGCGUCACCAGCAACCUGCUUGAAGACCUGCAAAGAGUAACAGUAGAAAAUGAGGAGAUGCGUAUAACUUUAGCAGAGUUGAGCAACAGCAGCAGCAGCCGUGGCUUCUAUGACGAUGAUGAUUAUGAAGACCUGGACAUAGACAGAGAUGGGGAGAUCUGGUGUGUGCAGGAUGGACGAGUUUAUGAGCACGGGGAUGACUGGGACUUCGACAGCUGCACCGCAUGUACUUGCCAGGUAGGAAAGGUGGUGUGUCAGCAGGUGUCAUGUCCGCCUGUCUCCUGCCUCAAUCCCUCCUUUAUAGAUGGAGAAUGUUGCCCUGUGUGUCUGGCUGAAGAUGGCUGGUCCCCGUGGUCUGAGUGGACUGCUUGUUCGGUCACAUGUGGGCGUGGAGGACAGCAACGGGGCCGGACCUGCGAUGGUUCCCUGUCCUCUUGUGCCGGCCCCUCAGUUCAGACCCGCAGCUGCACUCUGAUGAAGUGUGACCGCAAAGUGCGUGUUAACGGGGGCUGGGGCCUGUGGUCUCCUUGGUCUGCAUGUACCACCACAUGUGGAGAGGGUUACAUCACACGUGUCCGUCUCUGCAACAAUCCUCCACCGCAGAGGGGAGGCAACGGGUGUCUGGGCGCCGGCAAGGAAACACAACCCUGCAACAACACACUCUGCCCCAUUGCCGGUGGCUGGACAACCUGGUCUGAGUGGUCACCAUGCUCAGCGUCGUGUGAUGGGGGCCUGUCGAGUCGUGAGCGGGAGUGUUCGAACCCCGUCCCUCAGCACGGAGGAAAGCAGUGCGCUGGAGAUGCUGUGGACUAUGCAGCAUGUAACAAACAGCCGUGUCCUAUUGACAUCUGCCUGUUGUCACGUCCAUGUUUUUCUGGCGUCGAGUGCACAUCAUACAGUGACGAGUCAUGGGAAUGCGGACAAUGUCCACUGGGUUUAAAGGGCAACGGCACUCACUGUGAAGAUUUGAAUGAGUGUGAAGUGGAGGCUGUGUGUGUCACUGAGUGUGUGAACACAGAUCCCGGGUUCUACUGUCUGCCCUGUCCGCCUCGCUUUAAAGGCACCCAGCCGUACGGCCUCGGCCUGCAGCAAGCACAGGGAACCAGGCAGGUGUGCGAGCCGUACAAUCCCUGCAAAGACAACACACACUCCUGCCACAAACAGGCUGCGUGUGUGUACCUGGGCCUGGCGUCUGAGAUCUUGUACAAGUGUGUGUGUGCCGUGGGGUACGCAGGGGAUGGAUACCUGUGUGAUGAAGACUCUGAUCUGGAUGGCUGGCCUGACCACGGCUUGACCUGCAAGCAGAAUGCUACCUACCACUGUCAGAAGGACAAUUGUCCUAGACUGCCAAACUCUGGACAGGAGGACCUGGACAUGGAUGGACUGGGAGACGCCUGUGAUCCUGAUGAUGACAAUGAUGACAUCUUAGAUGAAAGGGACAACUGCCCGCUGGUAUACAACCCUCGUCAGUUUGAUUCUGACAGAGACGGGGUUGGAGAUCGCUGUGACAACUGUCCGUUUGAUAACAACCCACUGCAGACGGACACUGAUGACAACGGAGAGGGAGAUGCCUGCAGCAUCGACAUCGAUGGAGACGAGGUUCUGAAUGACCGCGACAACUGUCCCUACAUUUAUAACACUGACCAGAGAGACACAGACCUGGACGGAGUUGGAGACCAGUGUGACAACUGUCCUCUGCUACAUAACCCACUACAGCUCGACUCUGACAGUGACCUUGUGGGGGACAUGUGUGACGACAACGAUGACAUUGACGAAGACGGCCACCAAAACUCUCUGGACAACUGCCCCUACAUCGCCAAUAGCAACCAGGCUGACCACGACAAGGAUGGGAAGGGAGACGUCUGUGACCAUGACGAUGACAAUGACGGUAUCCCUGACGACCGGGAUAACUGCAGGCUGGUGCCGAACAGAGACCAGCUGGACUCUGAUGGUGACGGCUGUGGAGAUGCGUGCCAUAAUGAUUUUGACAACGACAAUAUUCCUGAUGCAAUGGAUCCCUGUCCAGAGAACCGGGACAUCAGAUACACAGACUUCAGGAAGUUUCAGGUGGUUCUGCUGGACCCACGAGGGACCACCCAGUCUGACCCCUUCUGGGUGAUCCGCAGCCAGGGCACUGAGCUGCUACAGACCGCCAACUCUGACCCUGGCAUCGCCCUUGGAUAUGACAAGUUCAGCGCAGUAGACUUCAGCGUGACGUUUUACGUGAACACCAAUCGCGAUGACGAUUACGCAGGCAUCGUGUUCGCCUACCAGUCUAGCCAACGCUUCUAUGUUGUCAUGUGGAAACAGGUGUCUCAGGCCUACUGGGAGAAGAAGCCGUCCAAAGCCUUUGGAAUAGCAGGAGUUUCCAUCAAACUGGUUAACUCCACCACGGGACCGGGGGAGUAUCUGCGCAAUGCCCUGUGGCACACUGGAAACACCCGACACCAGGUCAGGACACUGUGGCAUGAUCCCAACAAAAUUGGCUGGAAGGACUUUACGGCCUACCGCAUGCAUCUCAUCCACAGACCCAAGACCGGAUUCAUCAGGGUGGUGGUGUAUGAGGGCCGGGAGAUAAUGUCGGACUCGGGGCCGGUUUACGACCACACCCUGGCUGGAGGCAGACUGGGACUGUUUGUCUUCUCUCAGGAACACGUCCUUUUCUCAGACCUCAGAUAUGAGUGCAGAGAAGGACUGGAGCUUCCUGGAGUCUCUGUAUUUCUGUUUCAUCUCUCUGACAACCAUUGGCCUCGGAGACUAUGUCCCCGGAGAGACCCACAGCAAGGAGGCCAACCCACACCGGCAGCUCUACAGGCUGGCUAUUACAGCUUACCUACUGCUGGGUCUGGUGUGUGUCCUGGUGGUGCUGGAGACAUGUUGCGAGCUUCCCCAGAUGCGGCGCUUCAGGCGGAGGUUUUACCAGGAAAAGACCAGGGAGCUAGACUCCGAGACCACCACCAUCAUAGAUCGGGAUCACAUGACUGAGCAGCUCACCGACUCCUCUGAUCACAUGACAGACCAGUUACCAGCCAUCCCAUCUGUGUCGGAGCAGGCCGCUUCCCUUCGGCAGGGCAGCAAGUCGGCGCCUUACACUCUGGCAUCAGGACUGGCUGCAAAUAGCA